AUGUGGAUUUAUAAACUACUGUUGUGUCUUGCUGUCCUGAUUUACUCGGAAAGCAAACGACACGCUCUCCAGGACUACCAGAAGACUGAUGGUGUCCGGCUGGUCGCUCUGUCUGAUUCCUACUCAACAAAAAGCAGGAAGAUGAGCUUGGGAAAGUGUGUGAGGCGCUGCAACCGAAGCAGAAAACUGCCUUUCACCUGCAGAGCUUUCAUCUUUGAUCAGAAGGGCACAAAGUGCCAUCUACUCUCCUUUGAUAGUCUCACGGCGGGCGUCCGGACUGAGAUCGACUUCAACUGUGACCUGUACGAGAAAAAAGAUUUUGUGCGAGAAUGCAUCAUUGGCACAGGGCUGAAUUAUAAAGGCAGGAGAUCGGUGACAGAGACUGGUGUUGAGUGCCAGAACUGGGAUUUGAACACACCACAUGAACACCGCUUCUUACCUCAGCGGCACAAGCAGAGGGACCUUCAGGGGAAUUUAUGCCGGAACCCAGACAACAGCACGACUGGGCCGUGGUGUUUUACCAGGAACCCCGGCAUACGCUAUCAAAACUGCAACAUUCCUCAGUGCUCGGAGGUGGAAUGUAUGACAUGCAACGGAGAAAGCUACCGCGGGCCGAUGGACCACACGGAGAGCGGCCGAGAGUGCCAGCGCUGGGACUUGGAUGUGCCACACAAGCAUUUCUUCCACCCCAAAAGGUAUCCAGAUAAAGGACUUAAGGAUAACUACUGCAGAAAUCCAGACGGGCGCCAGCGACCCUGGUGCUUCACCACUGAUCCUAACACUCUGUGGGAGUACUGCGAUGUCAAACAAUGUGCCUCUGACAACCACAGUGAUGCUGAAACAACUACAUCAUGUUUCCGUGGUAAUGGAGAAAUGUAUCGAGGGUCCGUGUCAGUCCCUCAUGAUGGUUUGACCUGUCAGAGAUGGGAUGCCCAGUAUCCCCAUGCGCACACCUACAUGCCUCAAAACUACCGCUGCAAAGACCUGAAGGAGAACUACUGCAGGAAUCCUGAUGGUCGUCAUGCCCCCUGGUGCUUCACUACUGACCCUAAUGUGCCUUGGACAUUCUGCACCAGCAUCCCACGCUGUGGAGCAUCAGAAGUUAAACCUGAUGAGUGUUAUACUGGGAAUGGAGAGAUGUACAAAGGAAAGCAGAUAAAGACUCGUUCAGGAAUUCCAUGUGCACCAUGGAAGGACCAUACUGAGAGGAACGAGCGAGACGUGAUGACAUUAAAUGAUGAACUAGAAGGAAACUUCUGCAGGAAUCCAGACAAGGACAAGCAUGGACCCUGGUGCUACACCAACAGUUCCCUAAUCCCAUGGGACUACUGCCCCAUCAAGCGCUGCCCACUUCAAAACAAUCUCCCACUAAAAGCUGAAGCUUCAUUUGUCUCCUGUUUUGUUCAUAAACAAGUUCGGAUAGUGGGUGGAGCCCCAGUACCGAUUGAAGAGGGCAGCUGGAUGGUCAGCAUCCAAAAAGGGACCGGUCACUGGUGCGGAGGCUCGCUGGUCCGGGAGGAGUGGGUGCUGACGGACAGAGAGUGCUUCUCCUCAUGUGUUCCUGACCUGUCAGAAUACAGAGUGUGGAUCGGCUCUUCUCAUCUAAACGAAUCGGCUGAGAACAGACAAGAACAGAAGAUCACUCAUGUUGUCUGUGGUCCAGAAGGAUCAGGACUCGCCCUGCUACAACUCGCACAGCCGGCUCGCAUAACCAAGCAUGUGAGGAUCAUUCAGCUUCCUGUGGCCGGCUGCACCAUUCAGGAGGGCACUAUGUGUUCAACAUUUGGCUGGGGGGAAACUAAAGGCACGGGACAUGAGGGGACACUGAAGAGUGUUCAUCUGCCCAUUGUGAGCAAUGAACACUGCCAGCAGUUACACCGAGGAACCCUGCAGAUCACCGAGGCUAAAAUGUGCGCUGGUGGAAAGAGGGAUGAGGGAGUGUGUGAGAAAGACUACGGUGGCCCGUUGGUGUGUCAGGAUAAGGGCAGCAAGGUCAUAGUGGGCGUAAGCAUCCAUGGCAGAGGGUGCGCUCGCCACAACCGACCGGGCAUCUUCGUCAACGUGGCGCAGUAUACAGGAUGGAUUCAUAAAGUGUUCAAGACGUACCCGUAUUCAGACUAUAAUUACUGAAGCUGAACGGCAGAGGAUGUUGAACUGGGUAGCCGUGAGAAUUUGGACAAUACCAAAACUCGGAAGGCAAAAGCAGUGCAAACCAUUUUCUAACAGUUCUAACAUUCAUCCAAAGUAAGUGAUAAAAACAGUGUACAGUGUACAGUAUCUGUAAAGAUAUGUCCACAACCUGGGGUUGAAUAAUUGGGUAAUAUUGUGAGGGUUACUAUUACAGCGAGAUCUCACUGAGCAAAAACUGAGAGAGGAGGAAAAUAAGGACUGAUAAGAAAGAAACUAGAGAUGGACUAUGGAGGGGAACUUCUUCACACCUCAUUUAAACCCUUACUAUAUACAGAGGUAAAAUAAUACCUGACAGUAUUGGCUGUUCCAGAAUCUUUUGUAUAAAUUGUAAAAUAUCUUGUGUACAAUAUUCCUAGAAGACUUUUUUUUUCUUUUAUGCUCCUGAUAAUACUUGAAUACACACAUACAACACACAGCGUCAGUUCUAUAGCAUUUCCAUGUUCAAGGUAUUGAAGGCUCAGUUUGCUUUACAAACUGUGUUAUAAUACGGUGUUACUGUAUUCAGAUCAUAUGCUGUGUUUGAUUUAUUAUCGGAAGCCAUAGAAGGGUUAUGUGUUGUAAAUAGUGUAGGCAUCACUCCAGAUGCUUGGGUAGGUCUCAUAGACCUUUUAAGAGGGUUGUAAGAUAUUUUCCUUUUUUCAAUUUGUUCUGUUUUUCAUUAUUUUUUUUUUUAACUAUUCUUAAUGAAAUUAAAUGAUGUUUCAACAGAAUAUUGAUCACAGUGGGCUAGAUUUAUAAAAGUGAUGAGGUACCGUGCUGAUUGCCCUUUGACUCAAACAUAGUCUGUGCUUAAAAUGCAUAUAAAACAUCUGUCCAGUUUACUAAAGCUGUAGCUAAUCACAAAAAAUGGUCUACUUAGCAUGCCCUGAGUUUAAAAGUUGCUGUGAAAUGUUGGGAAUCUUUUAAAACCAUAUUUAAACCAUAAAUAUUUAGAAGCUACAUAGGAAAAUGACAUUUUCUAAGGAAGAACCAUAUUAUUAAUGCUAAUCUGGAUGCAGACGGCACGCUGGCUUAGUGGGUAGCACUGUCGCCUCACAGCAAGAAGGUCCUGGGUCCUUUUCUGUUCGGAGUUUGCAUGUUCUCCCUGCAGGAGCUCCGGUUUCCUCCCACAGUCCAAAAACAUGCAGUGAGGUUAAUUGGAGACACUGAAUUAUCCUAUAAAUUCAAUGUGUGUGUGUGUGUGUGUAUAUGUGUCUGCCCUGCGAUGGACUGGCACCCUGUCCAGGGUGUUACUGUGUGCCUUGCGCCCAUUGAAAAGCUGGGAUAGGCUCCAGCACCCCCCUUCCCGCGACCCUAUUUGGAUAAGCGGAUAAGAAAAUGAAUGAAUGAAUGAUCCGGAUGCCAGGCUUCAGAUCCCCUUCAUGGUGCUAUGAUCAGGGUUGCCAAAUAUGUUCCAAAACCUGCCAUGACCAAGUAUCUGUAAAAUAGAUCACUAAUUCAAUGUUUAUAAAUCUCCCAGCCUAAAUAAAACAAGGACCUGGCAAGCACUCCCGGCACCGCUGCUGUGGCUAAUUUGCACCAGGUUUUGUGAGGUGUCAGAAAUAACGUGAAUCAAACAUGUCAUGUCUUAAAUUCUUUCAUUCCCUAACUGCCUACUUUUUGUGGUGUCCUUCCUCAUUUGCAGAAGAAUACAGAUAGCCCAGUUUGCCAAGGUCUCGUGGUAUAGACUGCACAUUUAGUCUCCUGGUCCAGCUCUGUUAGAUUUGUUCCCAAGCAGCUGUGCCUUAAUUCUGGUGCAAAACAUCUUUUCACACUAAAACCAGAUUAUUCUGUGGUCUGAGUAUUCAACUGGUUCAUAAACAGCAUACAUACAUCAUAGAUAGAUAGUAAUUAAAGUAAAGCAAUUAUUACAUUACAAAAAGUACGAUGCAAGAAGGUCCUGGGUUCGAUCCCCAGGUGGGGCGGUCCGGAUCCUUUCUGUGUGGAGUUUGCAUGUUCUCCCCAUGUCUGCGUGGGUUUCCUCCAGGAGCUCCGUUUUCCUCCCACAGUCCAAAGACGUGCAAGUGAGGUGAACUGGAGAUACUAAAUUGUCUAAGACUGUGUUCGAUAUAACCUUAUGAACUGAUGAACCUGUGUAAUGAGUAACUACCGUUCCUGUCAUGAAUGUAACCAAAGUGUAAAACAUGACGUUAAAAUCCCAAAUAAACAAACAAACUAACAAACAUUAUAAAAAGUACGAUAAAACACCUGUAAUUCAGCUUUUUCAUCAAGUUUUACUGUCAUACUUCAAUCUGUGGCUGUAUUUUAUUUAAAAUCUUUUCUUAUUUAACAUCAAGUGCUCUAAAAUAACAGUAUAUACAAACAGUAUACUGUUUGAUGUGAUGUGCAUUAAAAAAGGAGAUACAAAUUUGGGACAUAGACUUUCACAAGGUUCUAAAAGUUUUUAGUGAGUAUCAAAAGAAAUAAAAGAAAAGAAUUUAAAUGACUGUACUGUAUUAAAAAAAUAAAAUAAAUAAAUAAAACAAAUGUAAGAAUCUUUUGCUGGAAACACACUGGACAGGUCAACAGUCCAUCACAGGGCAGGCACACACACACACACACACACACACACACACACACACACCCACACACAACACUUUCAGUAGCUCCAAUUGACCUGUCUGCAUGUUUUUGGAUUUGUGGGAGGAAUCUCACGCAGACACGGAGAACAUGCCAACUCCACACAGAAAGGACUUUUUUUUUUUUUUAAUAAAUCGACCUCCAAAUAAGUGUCCUGGGCUGAGUGUGUGGAGCAUUAUUCGGUUUAAUCACUAAUGCCACUGGCAAGGCAGGAUUUUGCUCUGCAGGACAGAGUUCACCCUUGACUAUACACAGUAAAUGCAAAAAGAAGCCUAGAGUUAAGUUUCUCUUGUGUGAUAAUGUAUGGCUCUAACAGUUAGAGCCCCAAACAAUGUCAGCUUGUCAACAAGCCAAUACCACUCUGAACAUUGGCUUUAAGAGCUUGCUUUCAGAGCACUUCACAGAGCAUGUUUCAACAGAAUAUUGAUCACAGUGGGCUAGAUUUAUAAAAGUGAUGAGGUACCGUGCUGAUUGCCCUUUGACUCAAACAUAGUCUGUGCUUAAAAUGCAUAUAAAACAUCUGUCCAGUUUACUAAAGCUGUAGCUAAUCACAAAAAAUGGUCUACUUAGCAUGCCCUGAGUUUAAAAGUUGCUGUGAAAUGUUGGGAAUCUUUUAAAACAUAUUUAAACCAUAAAUAUUUAGAAGCUACAUAGGAAAAUGACAUUUUCUAAGGAAGAACCAUAUUAUUAAUGCUAAUCUGGAUGCAGACGGCACGCUGGCUUAGUGGGUAGCACUGUCGCCUCACAGCAAGAAGGUCCUGGGUCCUUUUCUGUUCGGAGUUUGCAUGUUCUCCCUGCAGGAGCUCCGGUUUCCUCCCACAGUCCAAAAACAUGCAGUGAGGUUAAUUGGAGACACUGAAUUAUCCUAUAAAUUCAAUGUGUGUGUGUGUGUGUGUGUGUGUGUAUAUGUGUCUGCCCUGCGAUGGACUGGCGCCCUGUCCAGGGUGUUACUGUGUGCCUUGCGCCCAUUGAAAAGCUGGGAUAGGCUCCAGCACCCCCCUUCCCGCGACCCUAUUUGGAUAAGCGGAUAAGAAAAUGAAUGAAUGAAUGAUCCGGAUGCCAGGCUUCAGAUCCCCUUCAUGGUGCUAUGAUCAGGGUUGCCAAAUAUGUUCCAAAACCUGCCAUGACCAAGUAUCUGUAAAAUAGAUCACUAAUUCAAUGUUUAUAAAUCUCCCAGCCUAAAUAAAACAAGGACCUGGCAAGCACUCCCGGCACCGCUGCUGUGGCUAAUUUGCACCAGGUUUUGUGAGGUGUCAGAAAUAACGUGAAUCAAACAUGUCAUGUCUUAAAUUCUUUCAUUCCCUAACUGCCUACUUUUUGUGGUGUCCUUCCUCAUUUGCAGAAGAAUACAGAUAGCCCAGUUUGCCAAGGUCUCGUGGUAUAGACUGCACAUUUAGUCUCCUGGUCCAGCUCUGUUAGAUUUGUUCCCAAGCAGCUGUGCCUUAAUUCUGGUGCAAAACAUCUUUUCACACUAAAACCAGAUUAUUCUGUGGUCUGAGUAUUCAACUGGUUCAUAAACAGCAUACAUACAUCAUAGAUAGAUAGUAAUUAAAGUAAAGCAAUUAUUACAUUACAAAAAGUACGAUGCAAGAAGGUCCUGAGUUCGAUCCCCAGGUAAGGCGGUCCGGAUCCUUUCUGUGUGGAGUUUGCAUGUUCUCCCCAUGUCUGCGUGGGUUUCCUCCAGGAGCUCCGUUUUCCUCCCACAGUCCAAAGACGUGCAAGUGAGGUGAACUGGAGAUACUAAAUUGUCUAAGACUGUGUUCGAUAUAAACUUAUGAACUGAUGAACCUGUGUAAUGAGUAACUACCGUUCCUGUCAUGAAUGUAACCAAAGUGUAAAACAUGACGUUAAAAUCCCAAAUAAACAAACAAACUAACAAACAUUAUAAAAAGUACGAUAAAACACCUGUAAUUCAGCUUUUUCAUCAAGUUUUACUGUCAUACUUCAAUCUGUGGCUGUAUUUUAUUUAAAAUCUUUUCUUAUUUAACAUCAAGUGCUCUAAAAUAACAGUAUAUACAGUAUACUGUUUGAUGUGAUGUGCAUUAAAAAAGGAGAUACAAAUUUGGGACAUAGACUUUCACAAGGUUCUAAAAGUUUUUAGUGAGUAUCAAAAGAAAUAAAAGAAAAUAAUUUAAAUGACUGUACUGUAUUAAAAAAAUAAAAUAAAUAAAUAAAACCAAUGUAAGAAUCUUUUGCUGGAAACACACUGGACAGGUCAAGGACAAAGGACUUUUUUUUUUUUUUUUAUAAAUCGACCUCCAGAUAAGUGUCCUGGGCUGAGUGUGUGGAGCAUUAUUCGGUUUAAUCACUAAUGCCACUGGCAAGGCAGGAUUUUGCUCUGCAGGACAGAGUUCAUCCUUGACUAUACACAGUAAAUGCAAAAAGAACCCUAGAGUUAAGUUUCUCUUGUGUGAUAAUGUAUGGCUCUAACAGUUAGAGCCCCAAACAAUGUCAGCUUGUCAACAAGCCAAUACCACUCUGAACACUGGCUUUAAGAGCUUGCUUUCAGAGCACUUCUGAUACUUAUUAUAUUGGUUUAUAUGAAGGAUGAAUUUAACUUGUGUGAGUUUGAAGACACAGAGCUUUAUAUAAGCAGUGCUAAAAAUAGCCAAGGAAAAUCAUUUCAUAUAAAUAUCUACAUGAAGCUACAGUUUUUGUAAUUUUAUUAAUUUAUUAUUUUUAUUAACAGCAUCAUCCAGGUCAGGAUUGCAGUGGGUCCACUCACUUGCGUAAAGGGGCAAUUUAGAGCAGCCAGUCCACCUCGUUCUCAAGGUUUUUAGGUUUUUAGAGGUGGAAGAAAACUAGGGAGUCGUGGACUGAACCCAGGUUUUUAGGGCCCAUGUUAUGUGAGUCUAUGACACUCACAACUAUAAUACUGACUCUGAGGCAAAUUUUAAAGGCCUACUACUUAUGCUCGUUCUAAUGGAUGUGAAUCUGAUGUUUGUCUGAACACAGACAGCACUGAUGGCAAACCCUACCAGAUUGUAUAAUACAGUUUGCAUGAUGCUUCUGUUUCUGUAAGACAAAUUAUAAAUGGUACAUAAAUGUUUUUUUAGGAGUGGUACUGGUUGAAACAUUUAGCCUACCUAGUUGUCCAAGUAUGCUCUCCUUUGUCAAGGACGGACAACCAAGCAAAGAAAUAAAUGUAGGUACUGCAGCUUUAAGCUUUAAUGUAGCCCACAGUCACAGUAGUGAAAACCAGCUCCAGUGUCUUUAAAAAAAAAACCCUUUGUAUACUUCAUCAUUUUUCAUCGUUACCCAAAUAUUGAAUGUACAGUGCUGCUAUCUCCAAAACAAGGUUGUAAAUGUUGUCUCUGUACAGUGUUUUCUUCCAUGCUGUUCUGGUAUGGAUAUAUUCAUUCACCUGUAUUGUAAUAAUAAUUCAUUAUUCUGACAGCUGUAUUUAUCUGCUUAUGCUGUUCACUGUUUAUUAAACUCUGUUAUGUGCCUUUACUCAUGAA